UGUGCUGCUGCGCCUACAGAGCACGCUCUCGUUUCUCCGCAAGCGCACGGCUGCACGUUCGCACUGCAGACUGUCCGUUCAGUUGCAGCAAACUGUUUGCCACUGUCGCACCCGUGCCGCCAAACAAAUAUUUUUGGGGAUCAAAGUAGCAAAAAACUGUUACAUUGUAGCAACCAGUCUCACGGAUAAGAAGAUAAGUCGAUUUAUGGUUACAGUGUAACGUUAUUUUAUCACUCUCUUCAGAACCAGUGUCGAUUCAACACCGGACGGACGAAUCUCAAACAUGGGGACAUUUUCGGCGUGGUCAAUCUUUCUAGUGGUCUCGCUGCUAGCUGUGAAAGUCCUGUCCCAGGAAAAUGGUGACUUUGAUCUGUCUGAUGCCUUGGGGGAUGGCGAUGUCACUAAAGCACCAGCAGCAGCAGCCACACCGAAACCCAAACCAUUUCCAUCGGGAGCAGACCUGGACCUGUUAGACUUCUUUGGAGAAGGAGAGAAGAUUACCACCACCAAAGCUCCUUCUAAGGUUCCUCCUAAAGUCCCAGCCACCAAGACCCCGCUCAAACCCAAACCCAAACCAGAUAACACCCAGGCUGAUUUUGACUUUGGGCCCAGCCUCCGCCCGGGCCUGCUCCCCCGCGCCACCAAGGGCCCACGUAACCCACCUAGGCCCCAGCCCGCCAGUGAUGAGUUUGACCUGAGUGAUGCUCUGGACCCCAACAACGACAUUGGUGGGAAGGACAAGAACAAGGGACAAGCAGAUAAAGGUAUCGGAGGCGGGGGCAGGGGUGACGGAGCUUCCAACAACAGAGGGGGGAAUGGGGGUGGAGCCUUUUCAGAUGAUGAUCUGUUUGGCGUUGGAAAUGACGACACCUACAACCCUGACAAAGGGAAAGGUGGACGUCGUGGCGGCCCAUCUACUGCUGAUGACAACAACUAUGACACCAUGGCGGAGACUGGAACCAUCGCAGGGAUCAUCAGUGCCGUUGGCGUGGCGCUGGUUGGCGCGGUUACCAGCUACAUCUCCUACCAGAAGAAGAAGUUCUGCUUCAGCAUACAACAGAGCCUUAAUGCAGACCUGGUGAAGACUGAUAACCCGGAUGCUGUGGUGGCCACAGAACCACAAGUUCAACAGACUCUUCUGGAGCCCCCUAGUGAGGAGAACGCUGUCUAAUGUUCCUCCUGUCCUGCCUCGUCCCUCAACCUACACACACACCUGCACACACACACACAAAAAGGGCACACACUAACACGCUCCCACCUUGCGGAAUAUCUCCCUCCACCUGACACACACACACAAACACACACACCACUUUUGAACGAUAGGUCCCCCCUCCUUAUACCUGGCUAUACAGAGAUCAGCAAACUCAGUUUGUAAUGUAGGGUUCCAUUGGCGGCCAUGUUGACACCGCCAACUUGCAUGACAUUCUAUGGUCAGAAUGUCAUUGUGACAUAACUUGGUGCCAACAUGGAGGGCAGUUUGUCGACCUCUGUAGACCUCCCCCUGCCCAACUAUGUGUACAUAUCAUUUUAAUUUAUUUUAACUGUUUUAAAUACCACUAAUAUGCCUGUUUACAAUAUGAUUAUGUAGGAGAUGGUAGCCUGUUCCUGGAUCAGUUUGAGUUUGACAAUGAUAGUCAGAGGACUUGCUAAACUAAAACAUACAGAUCUCGUACCAGGCUUCCAUUUUGAUAUUUCCUGAAAAUAUAGUAUAGGACAUAGUAUAGCCCACAUACUUGUCCCCUAACUCUGUUUAUCCAAUCAAAAAGCGUAUCCAAUCGACACAGGCCCUAUGAUUGGUGUGGAUUUGUUUGCUUAAACAUAUAAAAAAUAAGUGAUUUGAACUGUUAAACUGUUGAUGCUAGAAAUCAAAUGUUGAUUGAUAUCCGACCUGCAAUUUCUAUCAAUUGGAUUGCCUUCAAUAUUAGAUGUAUUGGUUGAACCAAUUGAGUUGGUCUAGAAAGUGCACUUCAGAAUUUUGUGUUGUUGCUGGAGUUUGAGAUUUAAUUCAAAAAUUGAACCUGUUACCCCCCCCCCAUGUAUAUCCCACUUGUGUGAUUUUUUUACCAUUUCUACCUUCAUUGUAUAUACUCAACAAAGACACAAAACAUUUUGCAGUGGUUACUUACGCAGGUUAGUGUCUAAAAGCUGCAUUUUUAUAGACUUGGUACCAGUCUGUUUGUGCUUUUUUGCCACAUCCUUGUCACUCAUUGUAAUACUAGCAUUGUUAUAUUGUUGAUUGUAGGAUGAAAAAAAAUUAAGCAAUGUUAAUUUGAACAACUUAUUUGUUACUUACUAACCCCAGAGCUGCUGCUUAUUGUCCAUGAUAUAAUUCGCGUUUUUUAAAGACACUGAAGAGAGAAUAGUAUAUUUUCCAAUAUCCUUAAUAGCAUACUACUUGGGGAAUGAACCAGUAGGGAACUAACCAGUGUAUUGGGUCCUAGCAUUCUAAGUAGUAUUCCAGUAUGGACAUUGGAGGGUACAUAAAGGCUCUGAUCCAAUAUCCACACUAGCACACUACUUAGGCUGCGUUUAUACAGGCAGUCCAAUUCUGAUAUUUUGCCCAAUUAUUGACAAAAUAUCUGAUCGGAUUAGUCAAAAUACCAAUUACUGGCAAAAGAUCAGAAUAGGGCUGCCUGUGUAAAUGUAGCCUUAGGGAACGAGCCAGUGUAUUAGGUCCUAGCAUUCUAAGUAGUAUGCUAGUAUGGAUAUUGUAGCGUAGCCUUUAAGUCUACUUGUGUGGAAAUGUGAUUGUGAUGAAGAUACUAAUACUACUCUUUGUACGUUGUAUAUCUGUUUUGUCUUAUUGAGAUAAUGCCAGUGCUAGAGAAAGUUAAGUAAAUGUGAAAUCGAAGCCUAGUUGAACUUUAAAACCUCUUGAUAUUGAAGUAACGUAAUGGUCACGUUCCAGGCCGACUACAUUGCAGACGUUACAGACAUUCCAGGGCAUCAACCAAUAGUUGCGAGCCACAUCAUCGACUUGGCAGUCAGGCAUCAGGUUGUUAUAUCAUAAUGCGGAUAGCUGAUGUGUUAAAGUCCUAUCCAAGCGUUGUGGGAUCUGGAAGACGUCUGCAAUGUAGUCAGUCUGGAACGCGCCCAGUGGCUAUAUAGAGACUGGAAGUUUGUUUUUGUAACAAAGUCAUUUAUGGCUAUGCAUAGACUUCUGAAGUCCUUCAGAUUGAGCUCUUUCCUAUAUAAAAGCAUAGUUAGUUAGUCUUAGGUUCUUUGGGUAGUCUUCAGACUAGGUGUUGCUUUGCUGCAGUCAGUUGCUUGUUUGGAUGGUUGGGGUCAAUUUCAUCUCAAGUCAGCCAAUUCAGGAAGGGAUAUCAAAUUCCUUUUCAAGAAUUGAGAAAAUGCAUAAGAAUUCAGAAAAUCUUUAUGAAUUUAUAAAAAUCCUUAAUUGAAAAACAAUGGCACAUUUCAGUUCAUGAAUUGGGAUUUGAAAUCACUCCCUUGAAUUGACUUAAUUGAAAUGGAAUUGGCCCCAAUCCUGGUUAGGAGACUAGUAGAGUGAAAAUGAAGCUUGUAAAUUGCGGUGUGAGCAUAUUUCUGUGUUUUUACUAUUACUUGUUGUAUGAGCAUAUUCCUUGAUAUUACGGUGUGUCCUGAUGAUCUAUACACUCGUUCCUAAGUGUGUUUUUGCAAGAGAAAAAAGGCGUCUCUGCACCCCCACUCUUUCUACA